AUGGCCCAUCAUACCGACGACAACGUCGUCAAUGUGCCUACCAUGGCGGAGGAAGAUACCCAGCACGCCAUCGAGGUUCUGCAUUCGCAGGAGAAGAAGAUCAAUUGCUCUAAACGAUUGGUCAUCUAUUGCUUCGCCAUGGGGUUUGGAAGUAUGUCUUUUGGCUUCGGAUCUGCCAUCAUCGCCACUACACUGGGCCAGCCUUCAUUCAUCGAGUACAUGAACUUGGGUCCUGAUAAUCCAGACGCUUCUCAUAUUUUGGGUGCAAUCAACUCACUUUUUUACGCCGGCGGAUUUUUCGGGUGUAUCUUUGCUUCGUGGAGCAAUGACCGACUUGGGCGUAAGCCUACUAUCAUUAUCGCCGCUAUUUUGAUGAUCAUCUCCGGUGCACUGUGCGCGGGCUCGGUCAAAGUAGGAAUGUUCAUGGUGUUCCGUUUCUUCCUUAUGAUAUGGCCUAUAAUACUUACCAUAAUUACGUACAGCGGCUUAAUGUUCCUUAUUACGGUACCUCUCUGGAUCACAGAAGUGGCACCACCUCACGGUCGAGGUGUACUUGCAGAAAUCCAUGCCUGGAUGGCCGUUCUUUCAUACCUUAUUGCAGCUUACACAGGGAUCGGCUUCUUCUACUAUCGGUCGACAUCGCAUGCUGAGUGGCGCGCACCUCUAGCCUUUGUAGUCUUGUGGCCUCUCUUGACCUUGAUCUUUACGCCGUUUCUACCUGAAAGCCCGCGUUGGCUGUUGAUGAAUGGUCGAAGCGAGGAAGCAUUUUGCAUAGUUCAACGGCUGCAUCGUAACGAGAGCGAUAUUGAAACCGAGUUUGUUCUGGCCGAAUUUCAGAUCAUGAGGAGCCAGGUAGAGUUCGACGCUUCAUUGGAUUCCAGCUGGCGUAUCCUGUUCACCAGACCAUCUUAUCGACGUCGGUUACUCCUCUCGGCUUCCGUCUUGUUUAUACUCUACAGCACUGGCACUCAAGUAAUUACCAAUUACGCUCCAUCCAUCUACGCAGGCUUGAAUUUCAGCGCUGGGACGUCGCUUCAGUUCUCGGGGGGUCAGAUUCUCGUGGCUCUCCUGGCCAUCAGCAUCUCCAUGCUCUUCGUGGAAAAAGUGCCACGGAACUGGAUGCUCGGAGGCGGCACCAUGGCCACCGCGAUUCCUCUCGCUAUUGAAACCGUCAUAACAGCGAAGUACGUGGGUAGUACUAACACUGCCGGCCUCGCCGCAGGCGUAGCCUUUAUCUACAUGUACACCUUUGUCUAUACGAUUUUCCUAGAUGGACCAGGGUACUUUUACGCAAGUGAACUCUUUCCAACACAUUUACGAGCAAAGGGAUCAACGGUUUGUAUGGCUUGUUACUGUCUAACCAACAUCCUCUGGACCCAGGUGGCUCCGACAGCCUUCAGAAAUAUUCAAUGGAGAUUCUACAUUGUCUUUAUUGUGAAUGCCAUCGUCUUUAGCAUCUGCCAAAUCCUCUUCUAUCCCAAUACGCUUAAUAAGCCAUUGGAAGAAGUUGCAGAGAUGUUUGGUGACCAUGAUCUUGUUGGCCUUUACAGGGGGAUUCAAGCAGAGCGGCCAUCCAUAGACGAGAAGUUACACCCAACGUCCGACAUAGGGAACCCGCAGGAAAGCAUGGUUGAGAGCACAAAAUAA